CUGGUCAGGUCGAGCGGAUCUCCUUAUCUGAUCCUGUCCACGAGGUAUUAGAAAGGGCUGGUUCUACUGCGAGCCAGAUUUGGUCGAACUCCUCUUGGUUCAACAACUUUUCCCUUCCUCAGUUACCGGUCGAGCAAUCUGAAGAAUGUCUGGCUUUGACCGCUCUGAAGAUGGGUUUGUACACCCUUCAAAUGUGGGACGCCCGUCUGGCCAAGGAGCGGGAACUGAUUGUUGCCCAAUCUUCUGCUGAGCAAAAUGCUGCUGCAGCCAUCACCUCUCUGGAGGCCGAACGGAAGGCCUUUGCGGAGGAGAAGCAGAGACUGGAUGCUGAGCUCGGUACCCUUCGGGUCCAACUUGCAGCUUCCCAGGCCAAGGUCCUUGCCGCUGAGGCCGCACAGGUUAAAUUUGAAGAAAUGCCAUCCAGCAUCCCGGACGGUCCCUAUGAAGUGAACGUGGAUCUGUCCGCCGUCCGGGAAACAUUUAAAUCCUCUGAUGAAUUCUCCAUCAUCAAGGAUUAUCAUGCAAGGACCCAAAUCCCGU